CCAAAUAAUAGUAUAGAUUUGUGUGGGCUUGCAUUGUGUUUUUUAGUACGAGUCCUUCGGCCAUUGUUAGUGUUUGGGAGAGACUGUCAGAGAUUUUUCGAUUCAGAAAUGGCGUAUCAGAGCGAGGGAGCUGGAGAUGUUUAAAAUGAAGGUAGGUAUAGUCUGGUGCGGUUUCUUCGAGAGAGAACUUUUAUUUGGGCUGAUGAAAUUAAUUUUGCUUAUAAUGGGCCGUACUGGGUGAGCCCGCUUUUAAACCAGAAUAUCAUUUGAACCGGUUUAUUUGUUGGACAUUCACUUAUUUAAUAACUAAACCAAAGCGAGAAUCAGCAAAGUUGGUCUAUUCUUAUUAAAAUCGGUUUCGAAUUUCGUACCUGAAGCUGAAGUAGUGUAUUUGGUUCACUAAGCAAAACCAUAUUGAAAUCUGUUUAAACCGAACAUAUAUAUAAACUAAUAGACCCGGUCACUUCGAUUCGGUUUAGUUCGGUUAAAAUAAAUAAAGUAGAAUCUCGGUUUGGCUUUGAAGCGAUAACAUUCAUUAAUUACUCCGAGAGGGGGGAGAUCGGAACGAAAAGCCAUCUCUCGCCGGAAAGUUCAUCACUUUUAUCUUUUACUUCAAUCCAAAACGACAGCCAUGAGGUCGUUGGUUCGAAGCCGAUAGCUAUCAAAAGGCCAUGGAUUUAAUCAGAAGCUUCUGGAGGAAGCACAGAAAGAAGAUUCUUGUGACAACAACUUGUUUAGGAAGUGGUUAUUUGCUUUACAAACUAUACAACGCCCACACUCGUAGCCUCGCCGACUUGGAGCGUGAGCUCGCCGACGAGCGUCACAAUGACGAAAUCAUCAAAACCCAAAUGAAGGCUCAUUUCGAGAACAUUCAGAUGAUCGCUGAUGUAACUACAUUGCCUCACGCGUUGCGUCGCUUGAGUAGCCGCAUUGCUGAGGAGAUCCAUGUGUCUAGUGUUAUGGAGACGUUAAGCAAAGGAAAAGGAACGUUGGUUCCUUCUGAGAAGCUUCAUCUUUGGAACGAGCUCAAGAUUUUGAGUUUCACUAGAAUGGUUUUGUCUUUGUGGUCAGUCACUAUGCUUAGUUUGUACAUUAGAGUUCAAGUCAACGUUCUGGGAAGACACUUGUACAUCGAUACUGCUAGAGGUCUUACCACCUCCCAUUUACUUGAAGAGUUAGAUCUGAUAGAUAGAGAGGAGGAGAAAAAGUUUCUGACAAGUGCUGAUUAUCUUGCAACCAAUGGCAUGCCGAGUUUGAUUUCCGAUAUGAAGAGAGCAGUGAAAGAAGUUCUCAAAGGAAAGCAGUUAAAAGAUGUGUUAACCACAAGAAGUCUUGAAGAAACUGUGAUUCGGAUUCUUGAUGUGUUUAUGAGCAAAGGAAGUCCACAUCACUGGGUAGAUUAUUUAAUGAUGGCACAAGACACAACAAUGAGUCCAAGAGACACCACCACCACUAGUGUUCCCUCUUCAGAUGAUGCAACUGUUUCCAAGCUUCAUCAACUCAUAAACGAGACACGGGAAGUACUCACAAGCACUGAGUUUACAAAUGUAGCAGAGAUCUCGCUCAAGUCUUGUACCUUAGCGUUAGGAGAGGAGAUGGAGAAGCAGACCGGUUUGGCUGCAGGGAUGCAAUUGGCGAAGCUCUUACCACAGAUUGAGAAGAUUGUCCCGGAGAUUUCAGCUGUACCGGACGAGAACCGGUUCUUGCAACUCAUCAGAGACUUGCCUGAAGUUCAACUCUUUUUUACUCUUUUAUACUCAAACAUGCCACUAUAAUUCGCGGAAUUGCCAAAUUGAUUUUAUGUUUACGUUGCAACAAA